CCCGCUUUCUCAACUGAGGGUCAGUAAUUUGAUCUGAACUGAGGUUGUUGCGCAAGUCCUCAGCUCCGCUCAGCCCUCUGUGUUCCGGGAAUUUCAACCACGUCACCGGCCGUGAAAAAGAAAAAAAUAAAUGGGGGCAAGACUCGGAGAGGGGCCGAAAGAGAGUGGAGACGCCGUGCAGACGGGAGAAUACCACACGGGAGGACGAUCCAGAAGCAAAGUUAAGUAAAUUAAACAAGUUGCCCACGUCACCCAGCCCUGCCCCUGCUGUCUUUACGAUCCGCUCUCCUUUGCAGGAGUAUCUACUUUUUAGACAGGCUGGAUAAAAGAAAAGCAUCUUGUUAGAAAUCUACACAUCUGACAACAUGAACGUCUUCAGAUUGGCGGGCGACAUCACGCACUUACUUGCGAUCAUCAUUUUGUUCGCCAAGAUAUGGAGAUCGAAAUCGUGUGCGGGGAUCUCUGGGAAGAGUCAGGUGCUUUUUGCUCUCGUCUUCACCACACGUUAUCUGGACCUGUUUACCAGUUUUAUCUCCAUCUACAACUCAGUAAUGAAGGUUGUGUUUUUGACUUUGGCGUACGCUACAGUCUGCCUCAUCUACAUACCAUUCAGAGAAUCCUACGACAAGGGAAACGAUACUUUUCGUGUGGAGUUACUUCUGAUACCUGUUGUUGGGUUAUCGUUCUUGAAGAAUUAUACAUUCAAUCCUCUGGAGAUUCUGUGGACCUUCUCGAUCUACCUGGAGUCGGUGGCCAUUCUUCCACAGCUCUUCAUGAUCACCAAGACUGGAGAGGCCGAGUCCAUCACUACUCACUACCUCUUUUUCCUGGGUCUGUACCGGGCUCUCUAUCUGGCAAACUGGAUCUGGCGCUACUAUAUGGAAAGGUUCCAGGACCUGAUUUCAAUGGUGUCUGGCAUGGUGCAGACCAUCAUCUGCUUGGGGGGGUGGGUUUGGCAAGUGACGUCCCCUUGUUUUACAGCAGCCACACACACCAAGGACACACUAGGGACAGUUUAGUAUCGCCAAUCCACCUAACCUGCAUGUCUUUAGACUGUGGGAGGAAUCCGAAGCACCCG